GCUGGCGUGUAUAUAUAGAGGGUGCUGGAGUAGGAGACAGGUACCCAUCAGCUACUGAAUCCGAUCGACAGCACAGCACAGCAGAAGCAACUCGUGGCCAGGCGACAUACCUGAUGGAGAACAACAGGAGCAACCAGCAGGCUCCUCCACCGCCACCAGGGUACCCGACGGCGGCGGCGGAGCAAGGCCAGGCCGGCGGGAAGAAGGGCCGCCGGGCGAGCACCAAAUCCAGGGGCGAGAAGGGCUUCAUAGAGGGAUGCCUCGCCGCACUGUGCUGCUGCUGGAUCUGCGAGAUGUGCUGCGACUAACCGGCCGGCGACGGCGAGGCCGCUGCUGCCACAAGACCUCGGUGCUAUAGCACCCACGAGGAGGAGGAGCGUACGCGUAUACGGAGAGAGAAAUUGUUCCUAAUUUCAGUGCCCGUUGUUUUAGGUUCUAUACAUAUAUACUCCUAAGGUGAUGCACGCAUGAUCAGUACCAGUGUGAGAUAUCGAUUCAUGUAUCCGUGUUCGGUGCCAUAUUCAUGCACCUCGUCGUGUGUAAUUAUUCGGUGUGUACGAGACCGACGAUAUAUACUUACAAGUACUGUCUACUGUGAUUGAGUAUUUACUGAGGGUGCUUCCAGUG